AAAGGUUAGCCGUCACUGCCCUAGCCCCUCAGUUUCAAGCAAAGAAGGCAAGUUGUCAGGGGAGCUGCCUGCUAAUGCAGAUAAUCACCUCAAAGACUGUUCCCUGUAGAAUUUUUCCAAGGCUGUUGGCCAGGACAAUUAGGUCUCUAAUUCUCACCACAUCACACAGUUAAAAGGAGAAGAAUGAAGACCAUGGUGCCAGGAAUAAUUCCUUUACAACAUCGUGUUUCUCUAAUACAGCUUCUUUGCAUACUCUCAUCAUUAGCGUUUCUCCCUUUCUCUCCAACCACUGAAGUUGGAAGUCCAUGUUUUAUGAAUAAAAUGUGCCACUUAAGGAAAAAAGCUAUAUAUUUGAAGAGAGAUAUUAAAAGCAUAUCACAAACAAAAAAAACUCUAUACAAAUCUAUUAUUUCUGCCACAGGAACUCAGCAAACUUCUAUUCAAAUAGUUGGAACAGAAGAAAAAAUUGUUCCAAUAUAUGUUGUUAUUGAUUCCAAAAAAAUAAUUCUAAACUGCUUAACUGAAAAACUAUUAAUGCAAAGAAUCAUUGAUCCAAAAUAUCAAUGGACUGGUCCCAGAGGACGAAUAACUAAAGAAUCACAAAGAUUUGUUUUAAAUAGUGAUGGAAGCUUGGAGAUUUAUAAAAUUAAAGGCAGCGAUGCUGGGAGUUAUACUUGCAAAGCAAAUUAUAUGUACAAUAAUGAUCAACUGACUACAAAAAUCCAUUUUAUGCUUUAUGUCUAUCAUGUGCCAGAAAGGAGUAUAUACAUGACAUCAGAAUUCACAAGUGGAACCUGUGAAACCAGCACAGUGGCAUCAUAUAUAAAAUAUCUCUUAGAGAAAUUAGAGAGCUUAAUUUACAAGCUUAACUGUGAAAUCAAGCAAUGGAACACCAAGUGUCAUACUGCUACAGAUACACUGAAAAAAAUAACACAUGAAUUUACCUUUCAGUUCAUAGUAUUUCCUCUUGUACUAGGUACAGGAGAUUUUUGUCAAAAUUCUCAUUGUGAACAUUCCAAAAGCAGCAUCAGAAAGGCAUACGUCAAAAUCAAGCAAUUCUUUGAAGUGCUAAACACAGAUUCUUUUCCUGGUGAUCUUUUAAGUUAUGUUCCUGGUACUCUGUCUGGUGUUAAAAUAGAUCAUUGCAAACCAGGAUUUGGGAAAAACACAAGUACCAUGAACAACAAUACAAUAUGUCCUGGAUGCUGUGUGACAUGUCCACCAGGUAGAUUCAGUGCAAAAUAUGGAACAAAUUGUAUUUUGUGUCCCGCUGGAUCCUAUAAUGGAAAAUACGGCCAGGUAGCUUGUGUAAAUUGUCCAAAACACCAAAGCAGUGAUGGAAAAGGUGCAGUCACAGAAAAAAAAUGUCAUAAAAUUGUACCAAUGUGGAUGGCCUUUUUAAUAUCUUCCACAGCAACUAGUAUUUUUCUUGGGACAAUUUGGAUGAUCAUAAUCAAUUGCUGCAAAAAAACAAUAGCAGUUCAAUACAUAAAAGAAGCAGAAUCUCAUCUUAAAAGGAGAUUGCAAGUAUUUGCCAACAUUGCAAGUGAUACAGAAAUUCAAGAACAAAGAAAUAAAUUAAGUCCAAUCAAACAACAAAGAAAUAAGAAAAUAAUUUUAGAAGAAGAAUCUAUAGGAUUACUAAGCAAUGGUGAAAUAACAGAAGCAUCCACAGAUGAUACAAGUCUAUCUCCAGAUCAAAUGGGACCAGGGGAAUUUGAAAUUAAUUUUGGAAAGAAGUCAUCAAUCACUUUGGAAAACAACAAUAAUUUCUUUACAAAUGCUCCAGAAUACACCCAGCAGAGCUUAAUUAAUAUAAUGAAGCAUAAACAAUCCUAGCUGCUGUGAUAUCAGCCAUUGGCAGGAUUUUAUUUUAAAAAGUACUUUGAAAUGAAUUAUGUUACUUAAAAGUGUUAAAUUAAAACUUUGAACAUAUAUUUAAAAAUGGCAAAUUAACCAGAUUAAAUAUGAAAUUGUUAUGGAACAUUAGAUCUUUUUUGAAAAGAAAUUAUCCAAUCAAAAUCUGAACUAAGAUUUUCUUUAAGCCCUAUGGAAAAAAGAAAUGGCACACAAAUGAAAGUAUAAUUUGUGAAGUCUUAUGCUGUACUGUGAAUUAAAUCUGAUGAGAAACUGAAAAAUAUCAAAUUUAUUUUUUCUAAAUAUUAAGUAGAAGCAAUGUAUUUUGCAGUAUGUAAUACUAAAAAAUACUAAAAGUGCAUGGACUCAUUCAACUGUAUCAGUAAGCCCAGAUGGGGUCAAAGUUAAGUAGGUUUGUCAGGUUACAGAAUCAGAUGGUGGGCCAAAAGAGCUAAGAAUUUUAAAAACACAUUUCUGGUUCUGUAACCUGACAAACUUGCUUAUCUAUCAUUCACUGUUAAUAAGUAAAGACAAAAGCUUAGAACAGAAUCCAUUAAAUGCUUUUUUAAGAAAAAGGUUGCUCUUAGAAUAUUUUGUCAAUUUUAAACAUUUCUAAUUUCAAAUUAUCCAACUGUUUUUCUAAUUUACUGAGUUAUAUUGUUCUAUAAAUGCAGCAUGUUUCAUAUAUAGAAUUUUCAAUCCUGAUGGGAUCUCAUGCAGUGAGUUUUCUUCACUGCAGCUGCCCAAAAUUCAGACAUUUCAGAAAAAAAACAUGGUUAUGUUGCAGUUCUGUGCACUCUGAGAAUGUGUGACAAUAUUGGAAAAGAUGCAUAUGAUUAUUAUUCAGGAAAAGAACAAAACCAUCAAUAUAAAAGUGUACCAUGUUUAUGAAAUUAUACAUUUGUAAAUGAGGCAUAAGAUAUAAAAAUAUUUUAUUAAAAUAAAAGCUUUGAUAUUA